AUGACUCUUACUGGCAAAGCUGCCGAGACGCUUUGGGGCCCCGCAACUGUUGUCCACGAUGUAUCCUCCAUUUACAACGGCAGUAAAGCCUCCAUUAGCACCAGCACUGAUGGUUCGAGUCCCCCUGCCACCACCGGGCCAGCUGCCACUUCUGCGCCAACCAGCACACCUACCGGCACCACUGGGACCGAUUCUAAGGCCGUCAAGACAUCCGCAUCCACGGGUGGGAUGCCUCAGAUUACCGGUUGCGCUGGGUGGGCUGUCGGUGGUGUGGCUGCUGCCGUUGCUCUCGCUGCGUUGUAG